GGCUAACGUCUCGACGGAAAAAAAUAAACAUGGCCAAGGCUCGUAAGCCGAAGAACGACGAAGCUCCUGGCGCGAAGCCGUCGGAGAACAGCGGAGCUAAAGUUCUCCACCAGAAGCUCUGCCUCUCUAUCGACUUCAAAAAACGCCGAAUCCACGGCUACACGGAGUUAGAAGUGAGCGUGCCUGAUAUUGGGAUUGUGGGGCUACACGCGGAGAACUUGGUGAUAGAGAGUGUGUUGGUGGAUGGGGAGCCUACUGUGUUUGAGUAUUAUCCUCACCAUGGGAACCCUGAGCCCGAGAGUAACUGGAGCUCGGUCUCAGACCCUGCUUCAGCUGCUGAUGCCGCGGCUAUGGAUUAUGUUGGGGUUCUUAAGAAGGAAGACACAGCGAAUUUACUGAUUAACUGUUGCAAGCCCUCCUCUAAGGAUUUAUCUGAGCAGCUGGAUAACGUGGCUUUAGAAAAUGGUUCACAGUCCUCCGGGGAGGCUAAACAGAAUGUUAAGUUGAUUCGGAUUAAUUACUGGAUAGAGAAAACGGAGUCUGGAAUUCAUUUUGAUGAGAACAUCGUACAUACUGAUAACCAAAUGAGACGCGCCCGCUGUUGGUUUCCUUGCAAAGACGAUGAGUAUAAUCGUUGCAGUUUCAAUUUGGAAUUCACUGUUCCACACAACUAUGUAGCUGUCAGUGUUGGGAAAUUACUUUACCAGGUUAUGAGCAAAGAAGAUACUACCCAAAAAACGUAUGUUUACGAACUAGCCAUUCCUAUUGCUCCGCGGUGGGUGUCUUUAGUGGCGGGACCACUGGAAGUCCUUCCAGAUCAGACCAACUUUCUCAUAUCUAACUUGUGUUUGCCACAUGAUCUCUCGAGGCUUCGUAAUACAAUGGAGUUUUUCCAUGAAGCUUACAGCUAUUAUGAAGAUUAUUUAAGUGCGAAAUUUCCAUUUGGAUUCUACAAGCAAGUCUUUUUACCUCCUGAAGUCGUUGUUUGCUCUUCGACGUUGGGAGCUUCCUUGAGUGUUUUCAGCUCGCACGUGCUAUAUGAUGAGAGGGUUAUUGAUCAGAUAAUAGAUACACGUAUUAAACUUGCUUCUGCCUUAGCAAAGCAGUGGUUUGGAUUUUAUAUUGUUCCUGAGUCACCAAAUGAUGAUUGGCUCCUCGAUGGCCUUGCUGGUUUCUUGACCGAUAUGUUUAUCAAGCAGUUCUUGGGAAAUAAUGAAGCUCGAUACCGAAGAUACAAGGCAAAUUCUGCAGUCUGUAAAGCUGAUGAUAGUGGUGCAAUGUGCUUGAGCGCAUCUUCUUCUUGCAAGGACCUAUUUGGAACUCACUCUAUUGGGAUGCAUGGGAAGAUACGAUCAUGGAAAUCAGGAGCCGUCCUUCAGAUGUUGGAGAAGCAAAUGGGCUCGGAAUCCUUUCGCAAAAUUUUACAGAAAAUUAUAUCUCGAGCCAAGGAUCCAUCUAAUGCUAUACGGUCCCUUAGCACGAAGGAGUUCCGGCAAUUUUCUAAUAAGAUUGGAAAUCUUGAGCGUCCAUUUCUUAAAGAAUUUUUUCAGCGAUGGGUUGCAUCUUGUGGUUGUCCCGUGCUAAGGAUUGGUUUGUCCUACAACAAAAGGAAAAACAUUGUUGAAAUGGCUGCCCUGCGUGAAUGUACGGCUUCGCUCGAUGCAAGGUUAUCAGUUGGCGCUACUGAUUCCGAAAACCGAGAUGUGGAUGUUGGCUGGCCCGGUAUCAUGAGCAUAAGGGUUUAUGAACUUGAUGGAAUGUCCGAUCAUCCAAAGUUGCCUAUGGCUGGAGACAGAUGGCAGCUACUGGAAUUACCAUGUCAUUCUAAACUUGCUGCUAAACGCUAUCAAAAACCAAAGAAGGGAGGGAAACCUGAUGGGGCUGACGAGAAUGUUGAUACUGUAGCACCGUUAGACAAUAAAACGAGCAUCGAAUCUCCCUUGGCUUGGAUUAAAGCUGACCCUGAGAUGGAAUAUAUUGCUGAGGUUCACCUUCACCAGCCGCUACAAAUGUGGGUCAAUCAAUUAGAGAAGGAUGGAGAUGUUGUUGGUCAGGCCCAAGCAAUUGCGUCACUGGAAGCUUUAAAACAGCACUCAUUUUCCGUUGUGAAUGCACUCAAUAAUAUUCUCACAGAUUCCAAGGUCUUCUGGAGAAUACGGAUUGGGGCAGCUUUUGCAUUGGCUAAAACGGCAUCAGAGCAGGAGAAUGACUGGGCGGGUUUGCAACAUCUGAUAAAAUUUUAUAAAAGUAGAAGAUUUGAUGCAGAGAUCGGACUCCCCAAGCCGAACGAUUUUCGUGAUUUCCCAGAAUAUUUUGUUCUUGAGGCUAUUCCACAUGCCAUUGCAAUGGUUAGGAGUGCUGAUGGGAAAAGCCCACGAGAAGCUGUUGAAUUUAUCUUACAGCUACUAAAGUACAAUGACAACAGUGGAAAUCCUUAUUCUGAUGUAUUCUGGCUUGCUGUUCUUGUUCAGUCAAUUGGUGAUCUUGAAUUCGGUCAACAGAGUCUAACGUUUUUGGCCCCUCUUCUGAAGCGCAUUGACAGACUCUUGCAGUUUGACAGGCUGAUGCCAAGCUACAGUGGCGUUUUGACAAUUAGCUGCAUCCGAACGUUGGCACAGACUGCUCUUAAGCUUUCUGACUCCAUCAGUUUCGAAUACAUCUGUAAACUUUUGGAACCUUUCCGUAAACCGGAUACUAUAUUGCAAGUACGCAUAGAAGCAAGUAGGGCACUACUUGACAUCGAGUAUGAAUCCAAAGGCAUAAGCUCUGCACUCUCGUUGUUUAUGAAAUACGUGGUAGAAGAGUCAUCUUUAAGAGGCCAGGUUAAAUUGUGCGUACACACAAUGCGGUUAUGUCAAAUAGCAGUUGGAUGUGACUCAGAUGAUUGUGUUGACACUGUUAGUCUUCUGGAUUUGCUGCAUCUUUUCAAGAGCCAUGUAGUAUUCAACAAUGAAUUUCUUCGUCACCACUUAUUCUGCAUUUUUCAAAUCCUCGCUGGAAGACCGCCAACGUUGUUUGGAGUGCCCAAAGAAAAACCUUUGCAACUUGUUGAUGUAGAGGGCUGCAUUGAGCCGCAGAAUGUAUUUUCAGUUCCAGGAGCAGAGCCAGGGGAGCCUUCACUUUUGGCACUUGAAAAUGCCAAUGGAAAAUCACUGGAUGCUGCUCCUUUUGGUGCUCCGGUAAGAUCGGAGGAAAUGUUCAUGCCUACUGCUCCUGAGAUGAAAUUUUCAGAACCUGUUGCAGCAUCACUUCAUGAAACAGAGCACCUUGAACCUCACAUGGAAGAUCAAAACCAACCUUUACCUGAAAAUCCCAUUGUUCACGAGAUUCCAUCUGAUGGUGAAGCUCCAACGGAAGAAUUAGCCAAAGCGGAAGAAAAUCUUCCAACAGAGGAACCUCAAAAAGAACCGGAUGUAGUGCCUGUUGCUCAAGAGAUGAAGACUGUUAUACGGAUAAAGGUCAGACCAUCUGGUGCAACCAGCAGAGGCGAAGGAUCAGCACGAACGGUGGAAAGAUCCCAAGGGAUUGUGGUACGCCGUGAUAUAGAACGAAGACAAACUAGUUCAGCUUCUGUAGACGCUCCACAGAGAGUCUCAGCUGAUGCUCACAUGGAGGAAGUAAACUCGUGUCAUGAUGUUGGAUCUCGAAUGACCGCAAGUAUCGGCAGUGUAAAAUUACCAACCGAAGGUGAUACUUCUGGGAAAGAACUGCAGUGCACUGCUGAAUCUGGGAAAACUUCCACAAGCCAGAAAGCAGAAAAUGAUAACCAAGAAGUCGCAGCACCGAGCUUGUUGCCACAAGACAAUAGCAUAGGAAACGAGGCGCAGCAGAAAUACGGUAGCCUUCAGACACUCUCGGUUGGUAAAGAAAGCGAAAAGAAGAAAGACAAGGAACAUAAGAAAGAGAAGAAGAGAAAAAGAGAAGACCCGGUUUACCUAGAAAAGAAACGGUUAAAGAAAGAGAAGAAACAAAAGGAGAAAGAGAUGUCAAAGCUUUUGACCAGCUCGUCUGAUCCAGCUACAAUAAAGAUAGAGACAAUCCCGGAGGCUAAACCAGAGGGACCAAGUGACAAGCCAAAGGCAGAGCCAUCAGCAGCACCAGCAGAAGCUCGUCCAUCUACCAAGAUACGAAUCAAGCUGAAAAGCAAAGCGUUCAACAACCCCUAAGGCUUCUGACUGAUUCGAGCCAGGUCUUUUUUUUCUCUAAUCCAAAUCUGCCGCUCGUUUGUCACUGUGGUGGGUCUUUGUUAUCUGAUUAAUGCAUAGUUUCGAUGUGUAUGGCUUGUAAGCGACAAGCUUUGUUGUUGCAAAGUGUGAUAUGUCAAAUGUGAACUAGUAACUUAAAUGAGUAGUCGAUAUGACUUGUUUACA